UGAAGUUACGUCCUAUAGUGAAAUUCGUCGACGGUGAAAUAAUACGGAUUUUUCUAUUUAUAAAACGACAACGAACAAAAUAUUUAUGCAGUCAGACGGCGAGGAAAGUUUGCUGCAUUCAUGUUUCGGCUCACUGCGAAGCGCCGUCAUGGGUUGCUGCUACAGCAUUUGCCAGAAAGAGACGCACCCCCAGGAGAAUGUAGUAAACGAGCGCACACAUCUCUUAGAAGUGCCAGAGCAGCAACAAGAGACUCCUUCACCCACAGCCUGCGCUUCCACUCCACCGCGCAAGCCUGACGAACAGAGUGCACUCAACAGAAUACUGCACGAGACUGCUACAAAUGUAAUUGACGUAGGAGCCUUAGGCCCUUACUCAUUAGAAGCAGGCGCAUACAGUGAGCGAGUGAGAGCAUACACCGCGAGGGCUGCCACUGCUGCCCUACCACCACCAAUGCCUGCCAAGCUCCUUGCAGACCUACCACCUGCUAUCAGACGACAGGUGUUAGUGGCCCCACCAAUGACGCACAGUGAUAAGGAAUUAAUAACGAACGCGGUGAAGAAGGCCGCUUCCGCCAUAUCGGAACUGAGGGUAGAACACCACGAAGACCUGGUAGUGCCGUUUAGGGUUCCGUAUACUUUUAAGGGUCCAGAUAUGUAUAAUUUGCCCAAUCCGAUAACCAACCUCAAGCGUCGUAUCUCAUUGUUUAUGCCUUUACAAAUUAAUCCGUAUCAUAUUAUGAUCAAGUAUCCAAAUAAUCCAGUUCUAUGCCAGCUCUCCUUUGAUUAUCGGCCAAAAUCUGACUCUUCAGAGAAAGGGCCAUAUCGCGUAUCGCACGAGAGCGUGUGUGAGUCAAAUAUGUCUGUGUUCGACGGCGAAAUAGAGUUCCAGUCCGUUUACAUGGUCGAUUAUGUGAAGAAGAACAAACCUAAAAGUCCCCGCCGUAAAGCUGUCGACGACAACUGCCUGAUAGUGGGGCUAAGCCGGGACUCCUUGAAGGCGAAGGACAAACCUCGGCCGAGCUCCGACCUCCUCUGCCCAGUCGACUAUGAGUACUACCGGAAGGCUGUUGAAAGAUUUGUCAAAGAUCAUCCAAAGCUAACUAAAAAGUACAUGGAAGGAGAUAUUGACCCAAUACCUAUUGACCAUGAAAUUCAGGAUCUUAAAAGAACGGAAUAUCUAACUAAGUACUGUUCGCGAGAACUACCAUUUAUGUCAGUGAAUUUGGCGCGUAGGGCCCGAGCGUUGCAAACCCUGCGUCUUCCCGACGACGUGUACAUCCCUGACACAAGUCAGAAGGGCUCCUAUAGACACCCUAAACCGGAGAAAUAUGCUGAUUCACCGUCUGCCAUGUCCAUGAAACCUAAAUUUGAUGAUUCGUUACAGAAGGAGCUUCGCCGCAUCCUGCGCGUGCGCACGGGUGACACCAGCUACGACGUGGCACACGGGCUUUUGGCCAGGGUGGUGCUGCAGAAGAACCCCUUUGGGGCGCCGCGCGAGGAGCCAGGGUUCCCGCGCUGGAAGAAUCCUUACAUGUAUACCUACAGGAUCUAAAUAUACGAGUACAUUGUGUUUUUGGAAUAUUUGAUUUACUGCUUUAUUGUUAUUCCCAUGUUCUGUUUAUUAAAUACUAAUGGUUUAAUUUA